AUGGAAAUAGACAGAACACAGACCGAGGCUCUCUACCUUUUCAGUGGGUUCUCCCCUGAACUGGUCGAGCGUAAGGGCCUCAUAGAAGGAUUUGAAGGAAGUUUGUGUGAAAUUGACACCAAUGAGUGUGCUUCAGACCCAUGCCAAAAUCUUGGGAAAUGUGUGGACCAGGUGAAUGGUUACAGGUGUGAUUGUCAGAUGGGAUUUUCUGGCCUCCUCUGUGAGGAAAACAUCAAUGAGUGCUCCUCCAACCCUUGCAGCAACGCAGGCAUCUGUCAAGACCUUGUGAAUAAGUUCCACUGCGUUUGCCCUUCUGGUUAUUUUGGAGUGUUGUGUGACCUGGAUGUGAACGAGUGUGAAGUCUCACCUUGUCUACAUGAGGGCAUCUGUAUCAACAUGCCUGGAGGCUUCAAGUGUGUCUGCCGACCUGGAUACUCAGGAGCGCAUUGUGAAGUGAACAUCAAUGAGUGUCUUUCCAGCCCAUGCCAAAAUAAUGGAAGAUGUAUUGAUGAGACUAAUCAAUAUCACUGCUGGUGUCCUGAUGGCUUCAUAGGGCUCCACUGUGAGUCCAACAUUGAUGAAUGCAUGUCAGCUCCGUGUCUUCAUGGGAGCUGUAAAGAUGGAGUAAAUUCAUACACCUGCCUUUGUAAACCGGGUUGGACUGGCAUCAGAUGUGGAACAAACAUUGAUGACUGUGCCUGCAAUCCCUGUGUAAAUGGAGGCUCCUGUGUGGAUCUCAUUGAUAAAUACGCAUGUUUCUGUCUGGAUGGAUUCACAGGAAAGACUUGUGAAACUGACAUAGAUAUUUGUAAAGACACCUCUUUUAACGUCUCACUGUGCUUCAAUGGAGCCACCUGCAUCGAUGGUGAAGGAUCAAACUUCACUUGCAUUUGUCCACCAGGUUUCAUGGGGGAUUUCUGUGAAGUGGAUAUAAACGAAUGUUGCUCAGCGCCGUGCCAGAAUGGUGCUGUUUGCCAAGAUCUUAUUAAUAGCUACGUCUGCCACUGCAGGUCAGGUUGGACAGGCCUUCACUGUGAGGAUGACAUUAAUGAGUGCCUUCCACAGCCCUGCAACCAGGGGAUAUGCAUCCAGAAUGAUCCAGGCUAUGGCUACACCUGUUUCUGUCGUCCUGGAUUUGUGGGAAGAAACUGUGAGCAGAACUAUGAUGACUGCCUGCCCAAUCCAUGUCCAGAAGCUUUUUCCUGUGUAGAUGGCAUAAACAAGUUUAGCUGCAUCCCUCCCAUUAUGGUUCCUGUUCCCUUGGUGACGCCAAGCAUGAACAUCACCCACAGUUACACACCCGGAACAGUGAUGUCAACGCUAAGCCCACCCUGCACUCCAGAGGGGGACAUGGCUGUUGUCUGGGGGAUUCGUUUCCCAAUGCAGGACAGCAGGGGCCCGAACUGGGUCCUGGAUAGGCAGAGGAUCAUUCUCAUCUUCCAUGUCAACAACGGAGUUUCAGCUGAGCUGCUGGAACAGCUGGACACCGCAGCGUCAGCGUUGGCUACGACAAAUCCCGUUGCGCCCAGUGAGUACGACAGUGACGUCAUCAACAUUGAGGGAAGCCCCGCCCCUGUCGCCGUGGCGGGGGACUUGCUGCUGUGUACCAGGACAGGAUCCUGGGCGAAAGUCAUUCAUGCUGACCAGUCAGCUAAAGGGAUAUCCCCUUGGCCAAGCAGCGAAUGCGCACGAUCUGUUGGAGGCAUGGUGACAGAACCCCACUCUGUCACACAGGUUUGCCAUGAUGAUCCUUGCCACAACGGAGGAACAUGCCAUCAGCUGCAGCUUCACAACAGAACUAUUCCUUCCUGCGACUGUCCCCUUCAUUUUACUGGAACUUUCUGUGAAAAAGAUAGCAGAGUUUAUAUUCCAUCUUUUGAUGGGACAUCAUACCUGAAGCUGAAGCCUCUUGCAUCCUUCUCACAACCUUUGAAUGACAGCAGUAAUUCAACAACUCCAGCCGAAGGCAUCUCUUUCUAUUUGAUGGUUAAAACAAAAUCAACACAGGGCACCAUCCUCUUCACCCAGGAGCAGAACUUUGGAGAUCAGUUCCUGCAUGUGUUCCUUGAAGAUGGAAGCCCCAUUGCUCAGCUUGGCUGUGGUGACACUAAUAUUUUAUAUGCAGCUGCUGGCAAGAGAAUCAAUAAAAACAGAUGGAUGCCAAUCCUUAUACGAUUCAGCCUGCCUGUUGGCAAACAAGGAGGGUCAUGUCGGAUUGAAAUUGCUGCAGAUAAUGGCACCACACAGCAUCUUGAAGAGUUUGUGUCACACCCUGUAUCAGAGAGGACAUUUGGACCCAUUUUUUUUGGGGAUGUUUCAUCCCACUGGGAGCGGCAUGGUGAAAGAGGAAAAGAGCAGAGGAGAUUCAUUGGCUGCAUCAAGGAAUUUCAGGUCAACUCAGUGGAGAUUGACCUGGUUGGUCAAGCAGUGAAGGGGAGGAACAUUAAGAACUGUGACCCACCCGUAUGCCAACACCUUCCCUGCCGCAAUGGAGGAACAUGUGUCAGUGAUGCAGAGGACUGGUUCUGCGAGUGCCCUCCACUUUACACAGGCCGGCUGUGCCAGCUCUCCGCCUGCGAGCGUGGACCCUGUCGCCAUGGAGCCACAUGCAUUCCUAAGUCGCAGUUGGAGGUGGUUUGUCUUUGCCCCUUUGGACGACAGGGGUUACUCUGCGACCAAACCAUAAAUGUAACUCGUGCCAGAUUCAGUGGAACUGAUGAGUUUGGCUACACAUCUUUUGUGGCCUUCACUUCCAUCCCAAGCCUCACCUUCUUCUAUGAGUUCAAGCUGAGGUUCACGCUUGGAAAUAAUUCAUCUGCUGUCAGAGACAACCUGAUCCUGUUUGCUGGACAGAAAGGACAAGGCAGCGAUGGUGAUGACUUCCUCGUUUUAGGACUACGAAGUGGAAGAAUUGUCCACAGGUUUAACCUUGGAUCAGGAAUAGCAACCUUAGUCAGUGAUCGACUCAACAACGAGACCACUAUCCACAGUGUUACUUUUGGAAGAUUCAAAAGAACAGGCUGGCUGAAGGUUGAUGGGCAGCGGAACAGAACAGGAUAUUCUCCUGGACCUUUGGUGGGCCUCAAUGUUUUCAACCAGCUCUUUGUAGGUGGAUAUAAUGAGUUCACCCCUGAACUGCUGCCACUUGGCUCCAGAUUCCGUCAAGGCUUUCAAGGAUCUCUGUCUUUGUGCAAGCAGAGGGAAGGUCUGUAA